AAUAGAUUUUAUUAAUGCAUUUGAAUGAAUAGUGGAUGGAAGGAUAGAAUUGCUAGCCAUAGGUUCUAAGAUAUACAGCCUCUCGAUCGGACACUUUCCAGUUCGUGGCUUCGUGACUCGGAGUUGGAUUCAUCUCUCUCUUCUCCCUCACUAAACCCUAACUCCCAGGUACCCACAUUUCUUCCAUUCUUUUCUAGCUGUUAAAUCUCUGGCAAUCAUUUUUUUUUAUCAUUUAAAACCAUCGCUAUAAACCAAUGUCACUUUUUUCUUUAACUCGCCAUUUAUCCUUCUCAAUCAAGCCCAAAACCCCCAAAAUCUCAACUUUACACUACGCUACCACUUCCCUGGGAGAGAAACUUGAUGCCCAUCUGCAAAACAGUCCUAACAACGUAGAGAAAACCCUCAAUUCACUCGCACCAAUUAAACUUGACACCAAAUAUGUCAACGACAUCAUACACAAAUGGUCCCUUAAUAACCUUCAAUUGGGUCUUAGGUUUUUUAUCUGGGCUGGUGAUCAACCAAAUUACAGGCAUAAUUUAUAUAUCUAUAAUAAAGCAUGUAGCUUGUUUAAGAUUAAGCAAAACCCGCAAGUUAUUUUGGAUUUAAUUGAGACUUAUAAGCUGGAGAAGUGUGUGGUUUGUGUUGACACUUUUAAGGUUGUUUUGAGGCUGUGCAAAGCGGGUGGGCUCGCUGAUGAGGCUUUAAUGGUGUUAAAGAAAAUGCCUGAAUUUAAUAUACGUCCAGAUACAACUGCCUAUAAUCUUGUUAUUAGGUCGCUUUGUGAGAAGGGUGAUGUGGAUAUGGCUAAAAAAUUGAUGGGAGAGAUGGGUUUGAUUGAUCUUUAUCCCGAUAUGAUAACAUAUGUCUCGAUGAUUAAAGGGUUUUGUGAUGUGGGUAGAUUGGAGGAGGCUUGUGCGUUGUUCCCAGUAAUGAGUGUGCAUGGCUGUUAUCCUAAUGUAGUGGCAUAUUCGGCACUUCUUGAUGGGAUUUCUAGGUUUGGGAUUGUUGAGAGGGCAUUUGAGUUGUUGGCAGAGAUGGAGAAGCAAGGUGGGGGAUGUCGUCCAAAUGUUAUCACGUACACAUCUGUGAUUCAGAGUUUUUGUGAGCAAGGUAGAACAAAGGAUGCACUGUCAGUUUUGGAAUUAAUGGAGGUUCGUGGGUGUGCUCCAAAUCGUGUCACUGCUAGUGCUUGGAUAAGUGGUAUUUGUAUGAAUGGCGAGCUACAGGAUGUGUAUAAUUUUAUCGAGAGAAUUGUUGCGAGAGGUAGUGUUUCGAUUGGUGACUGCUAUAGUUCUCUUGUGGUGUGUUUGAUAAAGAUUAAGAAAGUGGAGGAAGCAGAGAAGACCUUUAGGAGGGCUUUAUCUAGUGGGAUGAAGCCUGAUAGUUUGGCAUGCAGUAUGAUGAUUAGGGAGAUUUGUUUGGAGAAACGAGUGCUUGUUGGGUUUUGUUUAUAUGAAGAAGUUGAGAAAACAGGAUGCUUGUCUUCCAUUGACAUCGAUAUAUAUUCUAUUCUUUUAGCUGGGCUUUGUCAACAAGGCCAUUCAGCAGAAGCUGCAAGGCUUGCAAGAUCGAUGCUUGAAAAAAGAAUUCCUCUCAGAGCUCCUUAUGUUGAAAAAAUAGUUGAACACCUGGAGAAUUUUCGAGGGAAGGAGCUUGUGGCUGAAUUAAUUAGCAUGGUAAAGUGAUGCUGAACUAAAGACAGUUUAUUAAUGUUAGGCGGUUGUUUCUUAUUUUAGAGCAGGAUUAUCAAUACACAGUAAGGUUCUAGUUCAGAGGGAUCAUGCAUGGAAAAAGAGUUCAUUAAAAGGAAACAUAGAUCACACAUCUUGUCUGGCUCCUGGUAAUUGUGGAAUCUUAGAAGUUAAUGCUAGCUAUCAUCAACAGCUGUUAUCAUGAACUGAAGUGCAAAGCAAACCAGGUUCUGAAGAUGGAGUACUGUGAGGCAGCCACUGGCUGUUGUUUGCAGAAUAAUUCCAGCAGAUCACAGACGUUUAUUAUGUUCGAAUUGAUUACGACAAAUAAGAAUGGCAGUGAAAGAUAUAACAAUAGCAAUAUCCUUUGCCAUUUUGCUCUCGGCAGUCAUCCUACAUUUUGCCAUGACUUGGAUGGAUUUUCAUUUUGUAUUUGAGUGCUGAUGUGAUAAGCGCCUCAAUUAUGUUCUUAAUCUUCUGUCGGCUUUUGUUUAUUUGGUGCACGUCAGAUCUUGUUCAUCAUUGAGUUUGAAUGAUAAUAAGAAAGAUCUGAU